AUGGAGCAAAUACAUCUCUUCACUAAGAAACUAAAACCAACCCAUAUCAACCAUACUCUAUCUGUUCCAACCCAUGUCCUUCUGGCUUUCCAGAUUCCUGAAGGAACCCAUAUGAUGAGAUUUGAAGCAGUCGAUGCUAUUGAUAAUGUGUGGAGGUUUUGUUUAUCAAUCCGUCAGACUGGAGUGUAUCCAAAACCGGCUCUUCUCCGCUCUUCUUGGUUUCGUUUUGUAAAGCAGAAAGGUCUUGUUCCCAAUGAUAGGGUGGUUUUCUUUAUGGAGAAGGACGAAACUAAUGAGCUGAGGAGCUACACGGUUAGAGCUCAACGAAAAGUCAUUCGCUUGAUGGGUCAAGAUAUUUGGGUCGACCCUGAGACACCUGUCCGUAGAGGAGGUCAUAGGGGUUCAUCAAGUGACUCCUUUGCUUACAUAGAUGCAGCUGAUGCUUCUAACAUAGAUUAUGCAGCACAGGAUGAGUACAGAGAAAAAUGUGAUGUCUAUACCUUCUUGGGGAUCUCAAGACUUUGA